GUUCCCCUCAAUACACUUAUUGUCGUUUCAGGCCUUGCAAAAUGAAUGCGAAUUGCCGACUGCGCUAGAGGCCAUGUAAUUCUCUCCAAAUUCACAUAUAUAAUUGCGAGUUCUACAUAAUUCGAGAUCCCCUCGAUUCUGGGGUCCUGGCUUUAAUCGUGUCUCCAACACCCGUUUAUAAUUAACAAAGGCCUACUAGGCCCAAAAAACCCGUCUUUGAUACGUUAUAGUCUGAGCCACUGGUUAGUAUGGAAUAUAGCGCGCUCUUACUCGGCGUUCUUGUAGUUGUGUUUCUUGCUUGCUAUCACACAGUCCAGCGACGGAGAUAUAAUGCAAGACUCCCUCCUCAACCGCCAGGUUUUCCGCUUAUUGGAAAUAUCCCCCAAUUCGCCGCCGCAGCGAAAAAUAACGUUUUACACCUCCAACUCGAGCGAUGGGCUCGAGUAUAUGGCGACAUCUUCCGAGUUCAGCUUGGCCCCAUCAACACAUAUUAUCUUAACUCUGAUGUAGCAGUCAAGGAGCUCAUGGAUAGGAACUCUGCGCAUUCGUCUCAACGGCCUAAGUGGAUCGAGGCAACCGAUAUCAUGACCAAUUCGUGGAAUGUGCUUUCCCUUCAAGGUUCUGAUCCACGGUGGAAACAUCAACGAAAAAUAAUCCACUCGGAGUUGACAAGUCCCGCACGGGCUGAUGCCGGGCUCCCGUUCUUGCACUAUGAGACCGUAAAGUUUAUACAUCAAGCAGCAAAUGAUCCAGAUGCUGGGACUGAUCAGCAGAACCUCUGGGCCCAAAUUGGCAGAUACACUUACAGCACUUUUGCAAUGCAGACAUUCGGUCUCGAGAUCACAAGCACUGACGACCCAAAUAUCGAUUACAUACAUGAGUCGGGUCUAGAAUAUAUCAAAGCGACUCUCCCUCUCACUUAUCUUGUCGAUACGUUCCCAAUCCUUCAGAAGUUGCCGCUGUGUCUCAAACCAUGGGAGCGAAAGGGCCGUGCCUUAUUUCACGAUAACCUUAGAUGGUCACUGAAUAAGAAAGAUCAACUUAUGACUGAUGGUGCCUCGAUACUGAAUGCUCGGGAGACAAUGCUGCAUCGUAUUCUGUCCGACGAAAAGCUUCUCGGCUUUGAGAGCCAGGAAGAGGCGGCAUAUCUCAAUCUCAUGUUGAUCCAGGCAGCUGCUGACACGAGCAAAAUGUCCAACAUGUCGUUUCUGGAGGCCAUGAUAACAUAUACAGAUGUCCAGAGAAAGGCUCAAGAGGAAAUCGAUCGGGUUGUUGGUGACAGGAUGCCGGUAUGGAGCGAUCUCGAGAGUCUUCCAUACGUGCGCUGCAUGAUGAAAGAACUCUGGCGCUGGCGGCCACCGGUCGCGCUCGGCCAUCCUCAUGUCACCACAAAGGACCUUGAGUUCAAAGGCAUGCUGGUACCCAAGGGCUCUCGCCUUCAUGUCAACUCGUGGGCGAUCCAACACGAUCCCGCCCGCCACGAAAACCCCAACGUCUUCAGGCCCGAGCGCUACGCCAACGACCAAACGACCUCUCAGCAGAGCAUCAACGCCUCUAAUGUUGCCGACCGCGAUCACUUUGCGUUCGGCGCGGGCCGACGCAUCUGCCCCGGAUACCACGUGGCUGAGCGCAGUCUUGCGGUGUCGAUGAUGCGCAUUCUCUGGUCAUUUGAUGUCACUAUGGCCCCGAGAGCGAAGCUUCCCCUGAACCCACGGGAUUUUCCCGGGAGCAUGCCUGGAAACCCCGGCCCGACCUUACCAGCUUGUUUGGUGGUGAGAAGUCUGGAGAAGAAGAAACUUAUUCAGAGAUUCUGGGAUGAGGAACGAGCAAGAUACGAGUCGGCCAAACUGGCCAAGUGAUGGACAGUAUCCACCAGGGGAUGUGCAAAGAUGCAAAUCAGGAGAUGAUGGCUUAAACUACUCGCAGGUUGAGACCGUGGAACUGCAUUAUUCAUGGUGUAUUUAUUUCGUCGUCAUACAACUGACAUCAUGCCUUAUAUCUAUCGUUAUGGGCGGGUAGUGAUUAAUACACACCGUGAAGUUUGCGCUUAAACAGCUCUUGAU